AUGUCUCAAAUCAAUCCCAACUUUUCAUCUAUACAAAUAAUCGCGAGGCAGUUCUCUGAUUCAUGGUUAAACGAAGUUAUCAUUGAGUCCCUAACUCACGGCAUGUACACAGCCUUGCUUGCCAUCGCACUAUUGCGAAUCCUGUUGAGCACGACUAUCUAUAGGCGGCAGGUGAAGAUCCUGGCCGGAAUCUCGGGGUUCAUGUACAUCAUGGCAACGUUGCACGUUGCCGUGCGAUGGUUUUAUAUCAGGCGGGCAUUCAUAAUGUAUGGAGAGACAGAAGAAACGAGGUACCACGCUCUCAUGGGCUGGCUGACUACUGGAAGCCCUAUAUGGGCCUUGAUGAUCAACAACAUCGUUGGAAACGUCAAUGCGCUGAUCUCGGAGUGUAUCACUAUUUGGAGGUGCUGGAUUAUCUGGGAAAGGAACUGGAGGAUCGUCAUUCUUCCUUGUAUAUGCACCCUAUGCGCAACAUUGUUUGGCAUUUUAAGCAUCCUUCAGCAGCUGGCACCAUUGAACUAUUUGCCAACCAGUGCAUCGAAGGGGGACUCCAUCGACUGGUCAAUGGCGUUUUACAUUAUGGGACUGCCCACAACAUCCAUGUGUACCACGCUCAUCAUGUACCGUCUGGCUAAGGCUAGCAAGACUAGGAAUUCCCCAUGCUUCAUGCCGAACACAUAUAACAACAUCAUAGAGAUGUUGGUAGAAUCGUCCGGACUGUAUCUUGUUAUCCUUGUGGUCUUCAUCGUGUUCGAAGCGACAAAUAGUCCAUAUAGUAGGUAUCCAGCAGCGGUGCUUGAGUCUGUCAUUGGAAUCGCGCCAGCAUUGAUACUUCUUCGUGUCGUAUCUAGGAACACAGAUACCGGUCCCCCAAGCGAUGAUAUGGAUUCGCGGCCUUUACAGCGCUGGCCGAGAUCACAAACGGAAGGUGGUGAAACGCGUGUAGAUAAUGAUGAUGUGAUGAUCAUUGGUCCGGAAAAGACGGUCCAAGUGGUAUGA